CAACCGUGGGGGGCGCGGUUUUGCUGCGUGCGUACUUCAACAUGUCAAAAUCCCUUCUAUCUUUGGCGGAAGUUUCACUUUAUAUGAGGAGAAUAAACAUCAAGAGAUGCAUGCCCCCCCAAAUCUGUUGAUGGAACCUGAUACACGACCCUAGAGCAUCAUGAGCUUGGUCCUUCACGAGCUGCUGGUCUGCUGCAAAGGUUUAGAGAAUGACAAAGCAACGGAGAGAAAGAAAGAGGCUGAUCGCUUCAGACAGCUCAUCCGGUCUCCUGACACAGUGGAGGAGCUGGAUCGCACUUCUGGAACCAGAGCUGCUAAAAGUUCCAAGCAGCUCACCUGGAAUGCAGUCUUCAGGUUUCUGCAGAAGUAUCUGCAGAAAGAGACUGAGCUGCUCCAGUCAGGGAAAGCCAACGUGUCAGCCACCACACAGGCUAACCGUCAGAAGAAGAUGCAGGAGAUCAGCAGCCUGGUCAAAUACUUCAUCCGCUGUGCCAACAAGAGAGGGCCUCGGCUGAAUUGUGGCGAGCUCCUGAAUCAUGUGAUGGAGGUGCUGCGGAGCUCAUUCAGCUGCUCGGCCUAUGGGGAGGACUACAGCAGCAUCCUGCUCAAGAACAUCCUGUCUGUCCGCAAGUACUGGUGUGACAUCACCAAGCAGCAGUGGCACGAUUUGCUGGAUCUGUAUUGUGGCCUUUUCACUGGUUCCUCCAAGGCCAUAAAUCGUGUGCUUGUGAGCAGGAUCAUCCACACUGUAGUCAAGGGCUGCUGUCUGCAGACUGAGGGCUUCAGCCAUACACUCUUCAGCUUCUUCUCCAGAGCACUGCUCAAUGCCAGGCAGGAGAGACACUUGGCAGUGGUGGAGCACUUGAUCUCUGCUCUGAACGUCUUCCUGAGGUCAGCUGCCAUGAACUGCCGUAUCAGGGUGUGUCGGCUGGGUGAGGAGCUCCUGCCCUCUGUGCUCUAUGUGUGGACACAGAUGAGGCCCAGCACCACUCUCAAAGAGGAGAUAGUGGAGUUCUUCAACCUGCAGCUCUGUGUACAUCAUCCCAAAGGAUCAAAGACACAAGACACAGGAGCCUACGCUGAGGACUGGGUCAAAUGGCAGAGUCUACUCUAUAACCUGUACGAUGCCUUGGUGAGUGAGAUCAGCCAGAUUGGGAGCCGGGGGAAAUAUGCCACAGGGUCGCGCCACAUCGCUGUGAAGGAGAACCUUAUGGAGCUAACUGCAGAAAUCUGCCAUCAGCUCUUUAGCGAGGAUUGUAACCUCCAGAUUCUGGAGGUGACUCAGGCCCACCUCAGAGCCACCCAGAGAGGCAGUCCACACGGCACGCCCAGCAAACGUAGACGCAUCGAGCUGGGCUGGGAGGUUCUCCGAGACCACCUGCAGCCACACCAUAGUGACUUUGACAUCAUACCAUGGUUACAGAUCACAUCAGUGUUGACCUCUAAGUACCCCUCCAUGGUGCCUGGCCAGGAGCUGGUUCCUCUGCUGUCCGUCCUGUGCCAGCUGCUGGGGGAGCAGCGGCGGGGUGACAGGGGGCCCUACGUGCUGCGCUGCAUGAGGGAGGUGGCUCGCUGCCAGGCCACACACCCAGAGAGGGCCCAAUCCUACAGGGCUGAACUGGGCAGGCUGUGGGGCCGUGUCUGGGUCCUGGCUCUACGGGGGGUCAGCUCCCCCCAGACUGAGGCCCUCAGUCUGGCCCUGCUGUCCACAAUCCUCCAGGGAGCCUUCAUUCCCAUUGACAGAGAGCUCUGGAAGCUCUUCUCUGGCUCAGCCUGCAAGCCCUCUGAUGCUGCUGCUCUGUGUUUGGCCCAGGCCCUUCUCAAGUGUCCUGUUCUUAAGAGCCUGGGCCCUGGGUGGGACCAUGCAGGGGCCGUGGAGGGGGUCGGGCCACCCAGCCUCAAGGAGAACAUCAUGAGCUGGCUGCUGAUGAACGAACAGAGUGAAGAGGCAGAGGAGAGCUCAAGACCACACCCCAUCAUCUGCAGGGAUUUUCCUCAUAACCUAAUCCCCAGAAUCCUUGUGCCUUUGACCCUCAAAGACACCCGAGCUGGCAUUAUGUUUCUCCUUGGGGCAAAGGGACUUGAGAGUGCUGUGAUGCAAGAUCAAGCACAAGUGGAAGUUAAAGGUGCCCUGAGUGAGAUUGAGAGCAUGUACCUGCAGUUCAGCUUUGACGAGAUGCCCUCUAACCCCAUGGUGAAAGUGAUGGGGUCCUCAGCCGGCACUCAGCUCACUGUUGUCCCCAGCCUUAAACACAAGCUGGAGCAGGGCCUCUUGUCUGUGGCUGACCACCUACUCAACUGCUACUCCCCAGAUUCUCAGUCCACACCACCAGAAUGCCUGGUUCGUUGUUCAAGUCUCCUUACUGGCGUUUUAGCAGGAUAUGUCUCUACUGGUCUCCUGACUGAGGAAGAAGCCUGCCAUUCCCAACUCUUCCUAAAGGCCAAGGCACUGGUCCAGGAUUUUAGUGAGUACAUAUCUAAUGUGAAGGUGAAGAUGGCAGAGGAUGGGACAAUGACCACACUCAGGUCUGUCAUGCGGCUGUGCACACAGUGUGUCAAAAGAGGGGUUAAGGACAGUAUGAGCUCUGUUUCUUGCAACUUGUUCAUGAAGAUUUUCCCUGCGAGACUUUUGACUGAACUGGCAGAAAUAUGCAAACUGUUGCUGAACAGCUCCUGUAAGAGAGGUAGUGUGGGGAUUGAGGAGGAGACCACAGAUGAGGACUGGGACAUGACGAGGACACAAGCUGACCAGCAGGAGGACAUUGACCUGUUUGAUGAUGGAGACGGACCACAGACCAGCACAUCUAAGGGGACUCACAGACAGAAUGUGGACCCCAAUGACACCCAGUGUGGUCCUGAUGCUAAAAGCCUCCUGGCUGAGGAGCAUUUGGCCCAGCAGGAUUUAGCCAUCUUGGCCAGUCUGGAGUUCCUGUCCCUGUGUGUAUCGGCUGAGUUUAUCCAUGGGCUCUCUUUCAAACCAGUGGAGGUCCGCCGCAAGUUACUACUGCUGCUGGAGCAGAUAGACUGCACCAAGCCACUACACCUUAACAUGUACCUGGUCCUUCUGAAGAAACUACCUGCUGAGGACACAUCGCUGGCAGCUGAAGAGUUUGACUCACUCCUCAGACCUCUGGCGGAUCUUUGCUCAUUGUACCGCCAGGACCAGGAGAUCUGUGCUGCAGUGCUGCUGGGUCUGCUACCGUCUAUCCGUAGUCUGGGCCGUACUCAGGACCAGCAGAAUGACAUGAGACAUGUACAGGGAGCUCUGCUCCAAGUGGUCUCUGGAUUCUGCAUUUUGGGCAGAACGGGGAAAUGCACAGCAAUUGUAAAGGUGGCAUUAAUUCACUGUCUACUGGCUCUACUGGAGGCUGACCCUUGCUGUAAGUGGGCGGUCCUUACCCUGAGGGAGGAGGAGCUUCCAGUGUCCGUCAUCCUCCCGUCCCACCUGUCUGACUCUCACCAUCACGUACGAAUGCUUGCAGCCAUGACAGUGGAGAGGCUGUUUUUGGAGAUGACACCGGACAGCUUGGAGAAGAGAAAGAUGCUUCCUCUGAAAUGCCAGCAGACAGCCUUUGAGAACGUCUACCUGAAAGCCCAAGAAGGGAUGAGGGUCCAGAAGAACAGCUCUCCUGAAGACCUGAGUGACGAGACCUUUAACCGCAAGGCCACGCUGCUGAAGAGUGUGUCGGUGGUGCUGUGCUGCAGCCCCGUCUGUGAGAAACAGUCCCUCUUCGCCCUCUUCCAGUCCUACAAGGAGAACAACAUAGAGGAGCCGCUCAUCAAAAAGGUCCUGGGCAGUGUGUCCAGAGCUCUGGGCUACAGGAGUGUGGAGGGGUUUGUCAGCUCUCACCUGGAUUACCUGGUGGCAGAGUGGCUGGGCCAGCAUGGCUACACUCUGGAGUCCUUCCCAUACACUCUGCUCAACCACGCCACUCUCAAGGACUUCUACAGCUCCUCCUAUCAGGUCCUUAUCCCACACCUGGUCUUCCUGGAUGACUUUAAGCAGGUGAAGUCCAUCAGCACCCACCUGGGUAAGGACUGGAAGAAGCUGCUGGCCAACUGCUUCCCUAAGAUCAUGGUUAACAUCCUGCCCUACUUUGCCGUGUCGGGCCAGGAUGCCCAAGUGGCCCAGCAGAGAGAGAAGGCCCACAGGGUCUAUGACCUACUCAAGGACAGCAACUGCCUGGGCAAACCGCAAAUCGACAGCCUGAUUCACAGUAACCUGUCAGACAUUGUGGUGGAGCUGUUGAUGACCCUGUAUGAAGGGGCUGCUACUGAGGAGGGGGGGAGAGGGGACCUGAGAAGGUUCAUAGGGGAACUGGACCCAGCCCCAAACCCACCCUAUUUCAGCUCCUAUGUCAUAAAAGCCACACUGGACUAUCUCAGCUCGUGUCACAGUGCCAAUCUCAAGUCCCUGGUGGCCAUUUUAUCCAAGACUCCGAUCUCCAUCCAGAGGAUCCUACUGGCGGUGUGUCAGAAGGCAGCUGAGACAAUCAAUGCCUACGAAAGGCACCGCAUCCUGCUGAUGUACUACCUGUUUGUCAGCCUGCUGCUCAAGGAGGUCAAGGACGGCCUGGGGGGAGCCUGGGCCUUUGUCCUCCGAGACAUAAUUUACACACUCAUCCACCACAUCAACAGCAGGCCGGCCCAGUUGGACGAGGUGUCCGGCCGUAGUUUCUCCCUGUGUUGUGACCUACUGACCUCUGUGUGUCGCACGGCCGUGCAAUUCUGUGAUGACGCUGUGGAGAGCCACCUACAGGUCAUUGUUGGUACUCUCACUGCCCAGGUGACAAACCAACUUGCUAUCUCACAGCAGGUGCUCAGUCUGUUGAAGUUCCUGGUCGUAGAGAGUCAGGACAAGCUAAAGAGUGCCAUCCAGAAGUUAGAACCUUUCCCAGACCGACCUGAGUUCAGAGAGCUGAGGGCCGUGCAGCACACACUGAAGUACAGCACAGGGAAAUUCACUCUCAGACAGGAGAUAGCCCACUUCCUGUCUGUGGCUUCCUGUGACUCCCUGCCUCUGACUAGACUGGAGGGGCUGAAGGACCUGAGGAGACAGCUCCACAACAACAAGAGCCAGAUCAGACCGCUGCUGAGAGAGUGCCUCGCGGACCCUGCAGAGAGUGUGUUGGUGCUGCUGGUCCUUAACCUACUACAGCUCUGUAAGCUAGCAGCCAAUCACCCUGGAGGAAGAGACAUCUUAGAGGCUGCAGGGAGCUGUCUGGGAGAGCUGGGGCCUGUGGAUUUCUCCACCAUCGCUCUGCUCCAUGGGAAGGACCAGCUCAGUGCCAGAGCUGUAUCACUCUUCCCUCAAAUGGAACCACAGUGGCUGUACAUCAUCCUGAACUGCAUCAACAAUGCCCUCACUCACCACUGUAUUGAGGUGAGGCAAGCUGCUGUCCAGAGUCUGAAGGACAUCUUGGCCACUCAGGCUGGAGCUGACUUCUGGGAGAUCCAUAAAGACAACCGUGACCCCAUGCUGGUUUACCUCAACCCUUUUAGAUCUACCAAGAAGAAGGUUGGGCAGACUUUUCAAGACCUGAAAUAUCACAUCCUCGUGGUCGGGAUGAGUGAUGAGGUGAGCUUGGUGGCUAGGGAGCGGCUGGAGAGCCAGGACCUGUGGGUGCCUGAGGCUGGCGGCCAUAAGGCCUGGUUGAAGACGCUCUGCAUGGUUCUGCUGGACAGUGGAGGGGUCAGGAGUGAGGCUCUGCUGCUUUCCCGGCCCAUGUGUCUGGUGAAAACAGACUUCUGCCAGAGGGUGCUGCCGCUCAUCAUCCAUGACAUCCUGCUGGGGGACUCUGACGGCUCCUGGAGGAAGCUCCUCUCCACACACAUCCAGGACUUUUUAACCAGCUGUUCCAGUCGUGCCCGGGCCUCCAGCCGCUCCACCACUCCUCUCCCCUCAGACUCUGCAGGAGAGUCGGACAUCUCCAACCAGGGUCCGUUGGAUAAGGCCUCUCUGCGCACCAUGCUCUCUGUCAUUAACUAUCUGAGGCAGCAACAAAGACCUCUAGAAUCUGAUAGUAACUUGUGUGGUACGGUGUGCCACUCUAACUUCUGGUUGGAGCUGAACUACCUGGAGGUGGCCAGGGCGGCCCAGUCCUGCUCAGCACACUUCACAGCCCUGCUCUACUCUGAGAUCUAUGUAGACAAGAUCAAGACUAACAUGGAGGAGAACCGCAGAAAUCCGGCCAGAGCGUCACGCAGAAUCACAUUUGAUGAGAGCAGUCAGAACUUCGCCAUCUCCAGUCUGACAGAGGAGAGUGUGAAAGACACUGGUAUCAGUCUACAGGACCUACUGAUUGAGGUGUAUCGUAGUAUUGGGGAGCCAGACAGUCUGUAUGGGUGUGGAGGUGGGAAGAUGACCAGCGCUCUCACCAGGAUUCGGACCUAUGAGCAUGAGGCGAUGUGGGGAAAGGCACUGACCUCCUACGACCUCCACUCCAAUCUUCCUGAUGGCACACGGCAAGUGGGCAUUGUGGAGGGUCUGCAGAACAUUGGUCUGAGCAGUAUCCUGGCCACCUACCUGCAGGGUCUGGAGAGUGGGGGGGUGGAGUGGGGGGCGGAGCUAAGGGAGCUCAGGUUUCAGGCUGCCUGGAGGAACAUGCAGUGGGACUGUGACCUAUCAGAGCGGAAUGAGAAAUUGAACCCUGGCUUCAACGAGUCAGUGUUCUGCUCCCUGCAGGCUUUGAGAGACAAAGAAUUUUCCACAUUCGAUCAAACUCUUAAAUAUGCCAGAGGCAAUGAGGUGGAGGAACUGUGCAGAGGCAGUCUGGAGGCAGUGUCCUCUCUCUACCCUGCUCUACGGAACCUCCAGAGGAUCAGUGAGCUAGAGAGCAUCCGACAACUCUUCUCCAAGCCCCUGACCGAGGUAGGCCUGGCCGAGGUGUGUUCCCAUUGGCAGCAGCACUCCCAGCUGCUGGUGGACAGUGACUUUACGCUGGUGGAGCCCAUCCUGGCCCUGCGCUCCGUGGCCCAGGAGACCCUAAUCUCCCAGGAGAGAGACCCUGAAAAGAACAAGUACCUCAGCACUGUCCUCACCUCCCACCUCAUGGAGCUCUGCCAACUGGCCCGCGCCGCAGGAAACACACAGCUGGCAGAGCGGGCAGUUUUCCAGAUGAAGCAGCAUGGCGGAGGAGGGGGGCGGGGCUCCACAGCGUCGUCAUGGCAGCUGGAGGAGGCCCAGGUGUUUUGGGCGAAGGGAGAGCAGGGUCUUGCUCUGGGGCUACUGAGACAGAUGAUCCACACUCUGGAGGAGCAGGUUUUGUUUAACCCUGCCCUGGUGCCGGUGUUCACGGAGUGCCUGAGGCUGUGUGGGAACUGGCUGGCAGAGACGUGCCUGGAGAGCCCUGGGGUCAUCCUGGAGAAGUACCUGGAGAGGGCAGUGGAGGUGAUCGAGGGCCAUGCGAUAGGUUCAGACACCAAGCUGCAGAGCCAGAGGACGCAGGCCUUCCUGUCCCUGGCCAGGUUCUCAGAUGCCCAGUACCAGGGCAUUCAUAACUACAUGAAGUCAUCUGAGUUUGAGAACAAACAGGCUCUGCUGGUGAAGGCCAAGGAGGAGGUGGACUUGAUGAGGGAGCGCAAGGUCAGCACAAACAGGUACACAGUGAAGGUGCGGAGGGAGUUGGAGCUGGAUGAGAGGGCUCUGUCCAACCUGCAGGCUGACAGAAGGAGGUUCCUGUGUAAGGCUGUGGAGAACUACAUCCAUUGUCUGGAGCAGGGUGAGGAGCACGACACCUGGGUGUUCCGCCUGGCCUCACUGUGGCUGGAGAACGCUGACGUCAAGGCAGUCAACGACAUGAUGAAGGGAGGUGUGCACAGGAUCCCGUCCUAUAAGUUUCUGCCUCUCAUGUACCAGCUGGCUGCCCGCAUGGGGACCAAAAUGUCUGCUACAGUGGCAGAGGAUGUGGGCUUCCAUGGUGUUCUCAAUGAGCUGAUCUGCCUGUCGUGUCUGGAGCACCCUCACCACACCCUCUUCAUCAUCCUGGCUCUGGUCAACGCUAACAAGGACGAGAGCCUCUCCCGCAGCCGCCUGUCCAAGAGCACCCCGCGCCAUUCCUCCCAACUGGACCUGGAGCGGUCAGAGGUGUCCCAGAGGGUAAUGAACAAGAUCAGGAAGAAGAGAGCCCAGAUGAUCAGAGGCAUAGAGGUCCUCUGUGAUGCCUACAUCACUCUGGCCUACAUGGACGCCAGUCGACACAAGACAGAGAAAAAAGCCAUCCUCAUCCCCUCUGACCAGCCCAUCAUGCAGAUAAAGAACCUAGAUGAUGUCAUCAUUCCUACAAUGGAGAUCAAGGUGGACCCCUCGGGUAAAUAUGACAACCUGGUGACCAUCAAGUCCUUCAAGCCUCACUUUCACCUGGCCGGAGGGGUCAACCUGCCCAAGAUCAUUGAGUGUGUGGGAUCAGACGGGAAGAGCAGACGACAACUGGUCAAGGGCCAGGAUGACCUGCGGCAGGAUGCUGUGAUGCAGCAGGUGUUCCACAUGUGUUCUAUGCUGCUGCAGCGCAACACCGAGACACGCAAGAGGAAACUCAACAUCCGACGCUACAAGGUGGUGCCCUUCUCCCAGCGUAGUGGGGUUCUAGAGUGGUGCUCGGGGACCAUCCCUAUAGGGGAUUUCCUCAUAGACCCCCAAAAGGGCGCUCACACACGCUUCUGCCCCAAAGACUGGACCAGCAUAACCUGCCGGAAAAAGAUGAUGGAGUCUCAGAGGCUUGGUUCCAGUGGGACGACCCAGGCUUUCAGUGAGGUGUGUCAGAACUUCCGGCCUGUCUUCCGGUACUUCUGCAUGGAGCGAUUCCUGGACCCGGCAGUGUGGCUGGAAAAACGUCUGGCCUACACUCGCAGUGUGGCCACUUCCUCCAUCGUGGGCUACAUUGUUGGACUGGGGGACAGGCACAUUCAGAACAUCCUUAUAGACGAACAGACAGCUGAACUGGUGCAUAUUGAUUUGGGUGUAGCGUUUGAACAGGGCAAGAUUCUCCCAACUCCUGAGACUGUUCCCUUCAGGCUCUCCAGAGAUAUUGUGGAUGGGAUGGGCAUAACAGGGGUGGAGGGCGUUUUCAGAAGAUGCUGUGAGAAGACCAUGGAGGUCAUGAGGAGUUCUCAAGAGGCCUUGGUGACUAUUGUAGAGGUACUGCUGUACGACCCUCUGUUUGACUGGACCAUGAACCCUCUCAAGGCCUUCUACCUGCAGCAGCAGCAUGAUGAGCAGGCUGAGCUCCAGGCCACGCUCAACUCUACACUGGGGGGAGACAUCCUGGAGGCCCACCCCAAGUCCAGCAGUGAUAGCCAGAGCUUCAACAAGGUGGCGGAGCGCGUGCUGCUGCGGCUGCAGGAGAAGCUGAAGGGGGUGGAGGAUGGCAGGGUGCUCAGUGUAGGAGGGCAGGUCAACCUCCUCAUCCAGCAGGCCAUGGACCCUAACAAUCUCAGCCGCCUCUUCCCCGGCUGGCAGGCCUGGGUCUAGGGCUAACAUACUGGGAGAAACCAGGGGGCCUGGGUCAAUCUUAGUCCGCUUUCUACAAAGUACUAUGUAUGAAUAAUGAAUGUUUAUGCUUUGACAUACUUGAUGCGCCAUGUGCUUCCUUAUCAAUCACAGCUGAUAUUUUAACUUUCUGCAUUUAAUAGACUGUAAUCAAUUAUUUGGUUUCUAAUGCAACAUGUAAAUGACUUGUUUUCUUGUGUUGCUCUGAAUUCUUUGUAUCAAGUGUCAGAUUAUAUAUCAAUUCGAUUAUUUUUGGUCACUUUUGAAGUGAAAAAUGAUUGUUCUUGAAUAUGUUCAUUGUACCAUUGGAUGGUAAAUAGCUGACAUGUAAGAUAAUAAAGAGAUAAUUGAUUCUGGA